CUUGACUUCACACAUCUACAAGCUCGGGGAGGGAAUCAUUCUCCAUCUCAUGGAGAACAAUCUUGUAAAAUCAACGCAACAUUGGUUUAUUAAAAGUAGAUCUUGCCUUACAAACCUGCUCACAUUUUUGGAAAUGAUAACCGGCUAUUCAGACUUUCGAUAGAUGCAGUUUCACAAUCACAAAUUUCAGUCCCAGACAUCACUCUGCUCCUUUACUGAAAUCCUUGAACAUGUUAAAUAUCAUGUCUCUGCACAUGCUCUCAAGUGUUCUCUAUAUCUAUAAAACUCAGAAUUGCAAUGCUAAUCCUGACCCUAAGCGCUUCCUAGAAGACUGUAAUAGAACUCACGAUCACCACACAAGAAUCAAAUAUCUCUGAUAUUCCUAGAGUGAGUCUCGACCAAAGCAGAAAUGCAAUGCAUAUCAAGUGUUUCAGAUUGUGGAAUGACCUCCCAAAUGAGAAAAUGGCCCUCUCAAGAUUUGGGGAAGUUUUCCGUUGCUCCAGAGGUGCAGUGAUUGGGAUGAUUCAUGUUAAGGCUUUGCCAGGAACUCCAAUGAACCAUCAUGGGGUAGAGGAGUUGGUGGAGAUGGCAUGUUCACAAGCCCAGAUUUAUAAGGAGGCUGAAAUUGAUGGCGUUUUGGUUGAAAAUAUGUUUGAUCUCCCUUAUGUUAAACAGUCAUUCUUGGGACCUGAAGUCAUAGCAUGCAUGACCAGAGUUUGUGGUGAGGUGCGCAACAUCAUCCCAAAGAAGGUGCCCUGCGGUGUUCAGAUACUUGCAGGAGGAAACCAGGAAGCAUUGGCCGUGAGUAAAGCAUGCGGAUUUCAGUUCAUCCGUGCCGAGUGUUUUAUAUUUUCUCAUGUAGCUGAUGAGGGACUGAUGGAUGGUUGUGCUGGACCUCUACUGCGGUACCGAAGGGCAAUUGGAGCAGAGGAUGUUUUAGUGUUCGCUGAUAUAAAAAAAAAGCACAGUGCCCAUUCCAUAACAAGUGACGUAACCAUCGUGGAGACGGCUCAGGCUGCUAACUUUUUCCUCGCUGAUGGUGUAAUCAUUACCGGCUCAGCAACUGGUCAAGAAGCAGAUCAUACCCAGUUGCAUGAUGUUCUCCAAAAUGUUGACCUUCCUGUUUUGAUCGGUUCAGGAGUCACCAAAACAAAUGUGCACAAAUUCAUGGAUGCCAAUGGCUUUAUUGUCGGGUCACACUUCAAGACUGGUGGAAGGUGGACAGGCGAGUUAGAAUAUGAUAAGGUCAAGUCAUUUACUGAUCUUGUCAAAAGUCUGCGGGCAAACUGAUGGCUGCUGUUCAAGUGGCAUAUUGUUAACAGACGUCUUCUAGAUACAAGUCUAUGAGUAUCAUAUUUAGGUUUGUUAGAAUACAAACCCAAACAAUACACUGAUGAUGACCAAAACACAUGCCACAAGCUGAAGAAACGACGAUGUUUCGGUCCAUCCUGGACCAUUAUCAAGUUGUACUACACUGAUGUCAUGAAAUAGAAAAUGACAAUUUUAUUUAGAGAAAAGUACAUGCAUACAAAAUGAGCUACAGGCAGAAUGUUGGAUUUCUAGAUAGAGAAUUAAUAUUUUUAGAGUAUUAAUGUUGAGCUAUUCAGUGAUAAAUAAUAAAUUUAUAUUUACAAGUUUCUGUACCCUGUAGUAAUAAAAAUACAAAUUCUAAGUGUGGUGAUUGUCUUUGUAUAAAAAUCAUCAAAUUCAAAUCUUCAGCAACUUAAAAACCAAUUUAGGAAACAGAAUAUCGCCUAGAACAAAACGAGGGAAUUUCGGAGUCCCUGAAUUGACUGAAUAGUGAGACAGAAGCCCCAUGACCAGCGACACAGGGCCAGAGACAACCAAAACUGGAAUAGCAACAGAAGCAACUCAAGACAUCUUGAGUUGAAAAUGCAUGCCUCGCUUUUGACAGAAUUGGAGAAAAUACUAGAGAGUAACAAAGUCAAACCUCUCAUUGGAAAAAAAAAAACAACCCCAGCAAACCUAAAACUAAAAAGAGGACAUUA